AUGGUGACUGAACAAGAAAGCUUUGUGAAGGACUGUGAAGAUCCCAAUCCUCUAAUUCGGGCCUUAGCAGUCAGGACCAUGGGGUGCAUCUGGGUGGACAAGAUUACAGAAUAUCUCUGUGAGCCUCUCCGCAAGUGCUUGAAGGAUGAAGAUCCCUAUGUUCGGAAAACAGCAGCAGUCUGUGUGGCAAAACUCCAUGAUAUCAAUGCCCAAAUGGUAGAAGAUCAGGGAUUUCUGGAUUCUCUGCAGGAUCUCAUAGCAGAUUCAAAUCCAAUGGUGGUGGCUAAUGCUGUAGCAGCAUUAUCUGAAAUCAGUGAAUCUCACCCAAACAGCAACCUACUUAAUCUGAACCCACAGAACAUUAAUAAGCUGCUGACAGCCCUGAAUGAGUGCACUGAAUGGGGCCAGAUUUUCAUCUUGGACUGCCUGUCUAAUUACAACCCUAAAGAUGACCGGGAGGCUCAGAGCAUCUGUGAGCGUGUGACUCCCCGGCUAUCUCAUGCCAACUCAGCAGUGGUGCUUUCAGCGGUAAAAGUCCUAAUGAAGUUUCUGGAGUUGUUACCCAAGGACUCCGACUACUACAAUAUGCUGCUGAAGAAGUUGGCCCCUCCACUUGUCACUUUGCUGUCUGGGGAGCCAGAGGUGCAGUACGUCGCCCUGAGGAAUAUCAAUCUAACUGUCCAGAAAAGGCCUGAAAUCUUGAAGCAGGAAAUCAAAGUCUUCUUUGUGAAGUACAAUGAUCCCAUCUAUGUUAAACUAGAGAAACUGGACAUCAUGAUUCAUUUAGCAUCCCAAGCUAACAUUGCUCAGGUUCUGGCGGAAUUAAAGGAAUAUGCCACAGAGGUGGAUGUUGACUUUGUUCGCAAGGCUGUGCGGGCCAUCGGACGGUGUGCCAUCAAAGUGGAGCAAUCUGCUGAGCGCUGUGUAAGCACAUUGCUUGAUCUCAUCCAGACCAAAGUAAAUUACGUGGUCCAAGAGGCAAUUGUCGUCAUCAGGGACAUCUUUCGCAAAUACCCCAACAAGUAUGAAAGUAUCAUUGCCACUCUGUGUGAGAACUUAGACUCACUGGAUGAACCAGACGCUCGAGCAGCUAUGAUUUGGAUUGUGGGAGAAUAUGCUGAGAGAAUUGACAAUGCAGAUGAGUUACUAGAGAGCUUCCUGGAGGGUUUUCAUGAUGAAAGCACCCAGGUGCAGCUCACUCUGCUUACUGCCAUCGUGAAGCUGUUUCUUAAGAAACCAUCAGAAACACAGGAGCUGGUACAGCAAGUCUUGAGUUUGGCAACACAGGAUUCUGAUAAUCCUGACCUUCGAGACCGAGGCUAUAUUUAUUGGCGCCUUCUCUCAACGGACCCUGUCACAGCCAAAGAAGUAGUCUUGUCUGAGAAGCCACUGAUCUCUGAGGAGACAGAUCUUAUUGAGCCAACUCUGCUGGAUGAGCUAAUCUGCCACACUGGAUCUUUGGCUUCGGUGUACCAUAAGCCUCCCAAUGCUUUUGUGGAAGGAAGUCAUGGAAUCCAUCGCAAACACUUGCCAAUACAUCAUGGGAGCACUGAUGCAGGUGACAGCCCUGUUGGCACCACCACAGCCACGACCCUGGAACAGCCUCAGGUUAUCCCCUCCCAAGGUGACCUUCUAGGAGACCUCUUAAACCUUGACCUCGGUCCCCCAGUCAAUGUGCCACAGGUGUCCUCCAUGCAGAUGGGAGCAGUGGAUCUCUUGGGAGGAGGACUAGAUAGUCUGCUUGGCAGUGACCUUGGCGGGGGCAUUGGAGGAAGUCCGGCAGUGGGACAAUCCUUCAUCCCCUCAUCAAUGCCUGCAACCUUUGCUCCUUCACCUACUCCUGCUGUGGUCAGCAGUGGUCUGAAUAACCUGUUUGAACUCUCCACAGGAAUAGGCAUGGCACCUGGUGGAUAUGUGGCUCCUAAGGCUGUCUGGCUGCCUGCAGUAAAAGCUAAAGGCUUGGAGAUUUCCGGAACAUUUACUCACCACCAGGGGCACAUCUAUAUGGAAAUGAACUUCACCAACAAAGCCCUGCAGCACAUGACAGACUUUGCAAUCCAGUUUAACAAGAAUAGCUUUGGUGUCAUCCCCAGCACUCCUCUGGCCAUCCAUACACCGCUCAUGCCAAACCAGAGCAUUGAUGUCUCCCUGCCUCUCAACACCUUGGGCCCAGUCAUGAAGAUGGAACCUCUGAAUAACCUGCAGGUGGCUGUGAAAAACAAUAUUGAUGUCUUUUACUUCAGCUGCCUCAUCCCACUCAAUGUGCUUUUUGUAGAAGAUGGCAAAAUGGAGCACCAGGUCUUCCUUGCCACAUGGAAGGAUAUUCCCAAUGAAAAUGAACUUCAGUUUCAGAUUAAGGAAUGUCAUUUAAAUGCUGACACUGUUUCCAGCAAAUUGCAAAACAACAAUGUUUAUACUAUUGCCAAGAGGAAUGUGGAAGGGCAGGACAUGCUGUACCAAUACCUGAAGCUCACGAAUGGUAUUUGGAUUUUGGCUGAGCUACGUAUCCAGCCAGGAAACCCAAAUUAUACACUGUCGCUGAAAUGUAGAGCUCCCGAAGUCUCUCAGUACAUCUAUCAGGUCUACGACAGCAUUUUGAAAAACUAAUAGACUGG